GGGAAGUAAAAAGCAGAUACCCUCAAGCCAGCUUGGACCAGGAUCCUUUCCUUCCCCCCCAUCCAUAACAUCCACUCGCCUAUCGUCUCAACCACAAUUCAGCAUCCAUUAGAGCUCGAACAGGUCCCAAAUAGCAUCGGUGUAGCACAGAAUAAUAUCCAUUAAACGAUUCUAGUCUCGUCGCCAUCGUUGCUGCCAUUCAAGAACAAGACCAUAUUACACACCAUGUCUCCUCGUCACUACACCCCUCAGUCUAACACAAGCGUCGGCAUUUCAAGCCCUUACGCUGCCUCCCCUUCACUUCGUACCUCUCAGUAUCACGCAUCUCCAAACAUGACCAUGAGCCCAGCAUCUUAUCCCGAAAGCAUUCUGUCCAUUCAUAGAUCACCGGUUGCGCGCGGGGGAUACUCGAGUUCACAGAGGGAGGCGAUGUUGGGGGAUUCUCUUUCUGGAUGGCCCGUGCGCGCUGUCACCGAAUUAGGAUGCGGUACCGGUAAUGGAUUGAUUAGUCAGAUGGUGACCGAGGUCCCACAAACCCCAGAAAACAUAUCCAGGAUAACGUCGAAGACUGUCCCUUUGCCAUCUCAAAAUGGAAGCCAUAGCCGGGUAGAAGUAGACCUGAAUCCAGCCCUGAAGUUUGAUCAUCGUCGGGAAGAAAGAGGGAUGGUGUCGAUGGAUGUAGCAAUGUCAAUUGAUGCUAUUCUUCGGAUGACAAACAGUUCCAGGGGGGCGAAUGAAUGGGCCACGAACCCGCCUUUACCCUCGAUAAACCUUGUACAUCCAACACUACCAUGGUCAAUCACCGUGCACGCAAGUGUGACAUACGUGACAGUGUGUGACGUCCUUUGCGCCAUCUGCCACUCGCUACAGUUGCCGCUACAUGAAGAAUACUGGUCGUUUUGCCUGGGAUUGGGCGAAGGAUACAGGAGAAAUCCGGAGCGGUACGGGCGAAGCUUGAAGCGGUUACACCUUCUACAUGGAAAGACUACCUUCGUUGGACUCUCCCGAACAGUAGCGGAGACGGCUUUAGGAGGGGAUAUUUGGCGAAUGAACUUUGCAUAGUGUUCAAAAUUUUGUCUGGGGGAACUAGCGGUCUAAAUACCGUAUCGAUAACCUGCGGAAUGUGUAUUACUUGUGUGAAAUCAGGAGUAAAAACAAACGGACGAUACCUUUUCCCACCAGCGCUAGACGGGCGCUCGUCAAGACCUCCAUUGAAGACACAAAAAAUGGAGUAUACCAUAGCUCAAGGGAAUUCGGAACGCAAUAAGAGUUUUAAAAGAGCAACGGAAGCCACUGUGUAUCGCUGCGAGAGGUUUGCGGAAGGGUUCGUUGCGAUUAAGUAAUCAUUGUUCAACGAGUUCGUCAGCCAUUCCAGCGUCUAACGAGCGCCUGCGAACGGAAAGCAUCCACUGCGGGCCGCGGUACA